AGCUUUGGAAAUUUCAGUCAGACCAAACAUAUUGAUAACAAAACAUGUGAUCGAAGAUCGAACAAAAAAACGCCGAUAAAUAAAAUAAAUAUUAUCUAUUAUGUAUUUUUGUAUUUGUGGUCUGUUGUUCCAGUAAAAUUUGUGGUUACAAGUGACAAGUGACAACUCACAAUAUAUAGUAUAUACAUAGUACAUACUAUUCUGUCCAAUACGUAAUAGUGCCAAACUGCGCUUAAUUCAUUGAAUAUACAUUUCAUCCAAUCAAAUCCCAACAGUAAUAACUUGUAACUUUUACAAUGUUAACUCCAAAUUUUGAAUUGGAUCAAACAGAUGAUUAUUUAAUCUUAAAGAUCAAAGCUCGAUUUGCUAAUGUCAAAAAUACAGAAAUUGAUGUUGAUGGCAAUCAAAUCACAUUUUGUUCCUAUCCAUAUUAUUUACGCCUUCAUCUACCCGGUGAACUGAAAGAAACUAGUGCUUCAUCUGGAUUUUAUGACUGGGAUUUAUCUAUUUUUACUUUUAAUAUAAAUAAAGUAAAUCCAGGAGAGAAGUUCGCAGAUUUAAACCUCAUAAACAAAUUUCUAGAACAACCAAAAACUUACCAAUCUUUCAAGCCCAAGCCAUCUAUUGAAGUUCUUAAGAAAAAUGAUGAUGACAAUAACGAUGUUGAUGACGAAGACAAUAUAAAUUGUUAUUUUUUACAAGUACCUUUAUCAGACCAGAAUAAUGUUCGUGUAAAAUAUGGAUUUGGUAAUCAAACUCAAGGUGCAUUUAAUCAUUUUAAAGGUGAAUUUUUUGGAAUUAUUGAGAUUAGUGGUAUAGACGAUAUGGAUUUUAAUCAAAGGAAAACAACACAAUAUGCGACAGAAUAUUUAGAAUUUAGUGAUGAUCAUUACUUGGCAGAUUUGAUGACUGAACCAGAAGAACUCCAAAAUAUAUUAGACUUUAAACCAUUUUGGUAUAACACAACAUGUACCUUAAAUGAUUCUCAAAAAGAUAUUUUAAAAUCAUUUGGUAAUAAAGAAUACUUAUUGAGCAAGGAUGAUAAAAAGUCAGCCUUACUCUCAUUGGUAGAUAUCAUAUAUGCAUAUUGUUAUUGUAUUCGAACUAAUUUGGGUGAAGAAAAUUGUGAAUCAGCUUGGGUAAUCAACAAACUCUCAUCUACACUUUCAUGGUUUCGUAUUUUUGAAACGUUUGAUGAAACCAUUAAAGCGUGCAUCAGACGAAGUUUGUGUUAUCCUCUUUACAGACAUUGGAAAUUAAGCAUUUUAGUGCUUUCUGAUGUACGUAAAGUAUUCGGUAAUGGAUGUGUUUGUUUACUCACGUGUUUGUUGGAUAUUCAUGAGUUGUUUAACAAGAGUGACCCCAGAUAUGUAUUGAACCAACUAUAUAUUAAAGACUAUUGUAUUUGGAUUCAACAAUUGAAAAGUACACAGUUUGAUACCAUUGUCAAACUCUUAUUUAAUCAUUUAAUUGUCAAAAAGCAAGUGGGAUUUAACUUAGAAGCAUUGGAAGUGGCUGCAAAGACUGUAGGUGAAGACUUAGCCAUUUUAGAACGUGCACAAAACAGUAAUAACAUUGUAUCUAAAUUGCAAAAUUUACAAAUUUCCGAUAAUAGUUUAGAUUCUGAUGACGAUGAAGAAGAAUCUGCAGAAUAAUACUUUAUUUUUAUCAUUUUGUUGAGCCAAUUAUUAAUAUUAAUGUCUAUAAAUAAUGAUUAUAUUAUUAUUAAUAUCAUUUAUUUUAUAUUUGCAAAAAUUACAAAUGUCAAGCUUAGAGAAUAGUUUAGAUUUUGAUGACGACAUAGAAGAAUCUACAUAAUAAUACUUAAUUUUUAUCAUUUUGAAUUUCGUAUUAAUAUUAAUGUCUAAAAAUAAUAAUUAUAUAAUUAAUUUUAUAUUUGCGAAAAUUACAAAUGUCAAGCUUAGAGAAUAGUAUAGAUUCUGAUGACGACUAAGAAGAAUCUGCAGAAUAAUGCUUUAUUUUUAUCAUUUUGAAUUACGUAUUAAUAUUAAUGUCUAAAAAUAAGAAUUAUAUAAUUUAUUUUAUAUUUGCAAAAACUACAAAUGUCAAGCUUAGUGAAUAGUUUAGAUUCUGAUGGCGACAAAGAAGAAUCUGCAGAAUAAUAUUUAAUGUUUAUCAUUUUGAGUCACGUAUGAAUAUUAUUGUCUAUAAAUUACAAUUAAAACAGAAUUAAUUUUAUACAUGCAUAAUAACAAGUAUCAUGCUCGGGAAUAGUUAAAGUCUGAUGACGACAAAGAAGAAUUUUCUAAAUAAUAUAUAUAUUUUUUUUUUAUCAUUUUGUCUCGAGUUAAUAUUAAUGUCUAUAAAUAAUAAUUAUGUAAUUAUUAAUUAAUUAUUUUAUUUAUUUUACAUUUUCAAAAAUUAUAAAUUUCAACCUUGGACUUCUUGAAGAGUAUCUUAGAUUCUUAUGACAACAAUGAAGAAUCUUCAGAUUUCAGAAUAACAUUUUUCUAUCAUUUGUAUCGCUUAUUAAUAUUAAUGUCUAUACACAAAAAUUAUUUCAUUUAUUUUAUAUUUAAUAAAUAUACUUAAGAGUAAA